GGGAGCUGCCGCUGAAGGAGCCAAUUCGCUGCGUGCGGCUGCUGGCGGGUUUUGGAUUUAAUGAACCUGGAAACCCUCACCACGACAUUUGCAGGUCUUGGACGGAAGCAGCUGCAGCAGGGCUGAAGGAGCCCAGACCGCCAGAAGCAGGCAGCUAG